CACUCUUUGACGCCCAGCGCCUCCUCCUCUUUCGCCCCCUCUCUCUCUCCAGCGCCCCUUUGGCCCCUCUCUGGUGUGCUACUGGGUGCUGGAGCUGCUCCCACGAACAGACAACUAAGUACCUUGUACCUCCAAAGCCUCCUGCUUUCCUGGCCUCAGCCGUUCAUCUCCGCUACGCCUGCUACCCCCCCUGGCCGCCUUUCUCUCUUUCGCCUUUCUCACUGCAGGCGACGCUGAUAGACCAACGCAUCGGCUGUUGCAGGUCGACUCGACUUGGUUUUUUCCCCUUCUUCUCCUCUAUCGCGCUGCAUUGCUCCCAAAUCGCCUCUUCCCCUUUGCACACGCAGCGCAUGCAGCCAGCCAGCUCUACUCUCUCUCCACCGUAAACGACGCACAACCGCCACUCCUUUUCUCGCCAAACCGUCCCGAUUCGCCUCCCUCCCGACUAAGCGAGCCGUGAGGAAAAAGGAGCGUUGCUGGCAACACACAAGACAGCUCAGUGAGCCUGCGGGCGCUCCUUAGAAACCCAACCCACCCCGCGAACAGGAAUCAGUUUGCGCAGCGACGCCGCCGCCGACGAAAUCACACACAGUCGCCGCAAUGGCCCAUUCCGACACAAUGACCGCCAUUGUGGACGAGUAUCUCGACGGCCAGAUGGAUAGCGAUGACGUCUUUCCUUGCAAAGGCUGUGGCGAGAUCCUCGAGGAAGGCAAAGCUUUUGAGCUAGCUGGCAACAGAUGGCAUCUCGACUGCUUCCGUUGCAACACCUGCAACACCCUCCUGGACUCCGACGCCAACCUCCUCCUCCUCGGUGACGGCUCUCUCAUCUGCAACAACUGCACAUACUCAUGUAGUGCAUGCGGUAACAAAAUUGAAGACCUUGCCAUUCUCACCGGAGACCAGGCCUUUUGCUCAACCUGCUUCCGAUGCCGCAACUGUAAGCGUAAGAUUGAAAACCUACGCUACGCUAGAACAUCGCAAGGCAUCUUUUGCAUGGGCUGCCAUGAGACCCUAAUGGCUCGACGUAGAAAGAAGUCCAGGGCUGCCGCUGCUGCAAAAACGCAGAAAGACGGCAGUUCACCGAUGAUCAAGGACAAGGUCCUGCCCGCCUUGCCCCCCAACAUGACCGAGGGCUACACAGACGAGCCGCCUCAGGACAGCCCCAACGAGCUCUCCCCACGGAUGCGAUCCGGCUCGAGAAGCAACGACACCCCGCCUCGCGCUAUUCCUGCCCGCUCACCUGAACGACCGGCGCCUACCGAACAACAGCCUACUAAAUCCGACAGCCUUAUGCUCCCGGCGAGCGCCUACCGCAAGAACCGAAACUCAGCACUCAUUGGCUCGCCAGAUGGCAAGCCGGUAGACCCUGUCGAGCUGUACGGCUCCCUUGUCCGAGACUCGAGUCCUUCGGCCGGUGGCACGCCUGCUUCAGGCACCGACCGCAGAAAGGAAUCAGACUACUUCCCCACAAGCCGCUCUUCAGCCUCUGACAAUCGUGAGGGCUCGCAAGCGUCGACGCCGCAUAUUGCCUUUCAAGAAAAGUCUCGUGAGCCGUCGUCUGACAGUGUUAGCCGUCCUGGCCUUCGCCGCCACUCCAAGUCCGAUAAGAUGUCUCCUGACGUGGACGACUUCAAAAUGACCGACAUUUCGAAAACCAGAGCCCUGGCCAGUUCGCGAAGCAACAGCCUUUCUGCUUCUGGCACCCCCGAAGUCUCGGCCUCUUCCAAGUUCAACAGCAACAACGGUCCUUCACCCAGACGACCCAGCAACUACCAGAGAGCAUCACAGGACGGAACCUCGGACGAAGGAACAUCAGCCAUCACAUCCCCCGACCUGUCCAAGGGUAGCCUCAAGUCGGAGACCAAGGCGUUUGCCCGCAAAGAGCUCCCGCCAUCUGCUGUUGCACGCAGCAAGACGGGUCCCCCUGAUGCCUACACACGACCUCGAAACGCUCCCGCACCGCCAGGUAGCCGGGGAUCAAUGGGUGGCACUGACGACGAUCCUGAGCCGAAGCACUCGCCGAAGCUGCCUAGGUGGAGCAGCGGCGCCGACUUUAGCUUGGAUGAGGACAUGGCUAGAAUCCUGGGCACCGAUGAGGGCUCCUCAUCUCUCCUGCGCCGCGUGUCCAAUGUCGUUCGCCAUGGCCGCAGCGGCAGUGCGGAAUCACACCAGCUCAACCACCGCAUCAGCCACUCACGCAGCAUCAGCGAGACGACGCGAACGACCAUGUCGCCUCGCUGGCCCAAGAGCCCGAUCCGUGAAGAUGGAAAUACUGGUGGCAUGGACCCCAUGUCCAUGAAGUCUAUGGAAGAAGCAACGAUUCUUAAGAGACAGCUGCGCAAUUCAGAGAACCGUGUGGCCGAGCUUGAGCGACGAUUCGACACCGAAAAGGACUUGCAAAACUUGAACAGGACGUUGACUGAGAAGCGAAAGACGGUCUCUGCGCUGGAUACGCAGGCAGAGCUUAUGAUUAAGCAGCUCGAGGUGCUUGGCGGCUAUGUUGAGCGUGCCAAGGCCACAAAGACACCCAUCAACCCGCGAGAUCUCGAAGACUCUGCCAUCCGCGACUUUGUGCAGCGUCUUGAAGCUGUCAAGCAGGACAUGGCGGGCGAGAUUGAGGAGCUGCACCAGAAGCGAGCUCAACUGCUAGAAGAGCGUGAGCUGGCCAUGGCUGACCGCGACCGAGCUCUCAUGGAGUUUGAGCAGCUGUCUUCCAAGAAUGCCCAGCUGGCCGACAUGAACAAUGACUUGACACACCAGAUCCAGGGCCGCUUCAAGUCACAAGUCAGUGACAUGAAGAACUCUAAUGGUCUUGGCAUCUACGCCAACAGCCGUGGUGCCAACUCUGGUGCCAACAUUGACUCGGCCAGCAUGUCGACAGGCCCGACGCUCAUUGCUGACGACGACACCAUUGUCGAGUCGGGACCUACGGUCGUACAAGUCCGCAAGGGCCAGGUGAAGAAGUUCAACUGGAAGAAGGGUUCCAAGGCCAUGGCACAGAACAUGGCCAAGGGCAUGAACAGAGCCGUGGUUGCUUUCCAAAACGACCGCGAGCGUAUUCAACAGCAGGGUGUUAUUGCAGGCGGUGACAUUGGCAUGCCGUACAACGCUACCGUUGCGCAAGCCGAGCUCGUCUCGACGCCGAUAAGCGCCAACGGCAGCGGUCGACCGGGUAAUUUAGAGCCUGGCCGCCAGGGCUUUGGCUUCUUUGGCAAGAAGAACCAGAUGCCCAAGUCGGUGUCGGCCAACACCAUGCCCAACUCGGCCGCUGCAGAGCCUGCAUCAGUGCUGUUUGGAUCGGAGCUAACGGACCGCGCUGACUUUGAGCACCGCCAGAUCCCAAGCGUCGUGACACGCUGCAUCGAGGAAGUGGAGCUGCGCGGCAUGGAUCAGGAGGGCAUCUACCGCAAGACGGGCGGCAACUCGCAAGUAAACGCCAUCAAGGACGGCUUCGACCGCGACGAGAACUUUGACAUUUCCGACACCGACCUCGAUAUCACGGCCGUGACCAGUGUUCUGAAGCAGUACUUCCGCAAGCUGCCCACGCCGCUGCUCACCUUUGACGUCUACGACAACGUGCUCGAGUCCAAUGCCAUCGCCGACGAGACUGAACGCUGCGACCACCUACGCAAGACUUUUGCCGCACUACCCCAGUCUCACCGCGACUGUCUCGAGUUCCUCAUGUUCCAUCUGCGCCGCGUAGCAGAGCGCGAGCCCGAGAACCUCAUGUCGCCCAAGAACCUGGCCGUGGUGUUUGCCCCGACGAUUAUGCGCGACACAAGCAUCGAGCGUGAAAUGACAGACAUGCACGCCAAGAACAUUGCCAUCCAGUUUGUCAUUGAGAACAGCCACACCAUCUUCGAAGAGGUGUAGAAAAAAUGGAGACGGAACCACGUAAUGAUAUUGAGACUGUAGGCUAUUGCAAGAACAAAGCAGUGUUUUAGAACGUUAUGCAUACAUUUUCAUCCAUACAGACAGACAGAUUGCGGGGAAGAGAAGUCUGUUUUGUCUUUGUUUUUUUUACUUUACAAGGGUCGAGGAGUAGGGGUUGAGCGUGGUUGACUGCCUUGACUGAUUGAUUGAUUGAUCGUGUUUCUGUUGUUGAUAAAGUUUGAUUCCCCAGCCACUUGAAUUGACAUGAUGACCUUAUACAUAUAACACCUUGAUACCGUAUCCUUGAUUUUUGUAAACUUGUACUUUUUACAAUGAACGAGUAGUUUCAAACAUACAAUGGAAAUUAUACGCAGCAAUCAGAGAAGAAGAAACAGACGGAUUAAAAAGAACUAAGUGACAUCGUUUUUAUAACAAGUAAUAAACUAGUAGUAAUACAGAUCCGAUCCGAUAAUGCAAAAAGCUCAAACGCCACCCAUGCUUAAAACCACACCAGACCAGACCAAAAUCAUACGUUAGAAAUAUAAAAAAGACAUCAAACACAUAAGAGAGUCGCUUAGACAAUCUCGCGCUGACCCUUGGCAAUGUAAUACGUGAUAAGACUCUUGGGAUCGUCCUUGACGCCCCCGACACCAGCCCAGAACCGCUCCUUGCCCACGAGCCCGUGAAGGGCUACGCAAAACUUGACAGCGUCCAUGCGUACACCAGAGUCGGCGCUCUCAAGGCAGCGGCCAGCCAACUCAAACAGAUCCGCUAGCUCCUUGUCGGUCGGCGAGUACGUGCCGCUCUUGGCAUCAAGCAUCGUCUUGAGUACGUGCAGGCCCAUGCUCAGUGUGCGGCAUCCUUCCUUCUCCGAGUCAUUCACCUUGGACAUUUGCGCAGCAAGCACCACCACAAUCUCAGGAGCAUUGCCAAUGGCAACGAGUUCGUCAGCAAGCAGCUCAAGACCGCUGACGACGUGUGCACGUGAGUCGUACGCAGCACGUGUCAGCAGCAGAGCCUCUAGGCCCUUGGAGACAUGCGGCUGGAAGUUGUCGCGCUCCUUCUUGAGCAGCAUCUUGAUCGUGGUGAGAACCUGCGCCUUGACGUCUGGUACCUUGUCCUCAGGCAGGUUGUCAAGAGGAUCUGCCAGGUAGUCAAAGAGCCCAACAACAACCGCCUCAAACUUGUCAUCGGUAAACUCAGUCUGCGGGUCGCGAAUGAGUGACUGCAACUUGCGGAACCCGUGCGUUUCCAGCGACUUGGCCUUGAUCUUGCUGAUGCCGCUAUCAAGGAGGCGUGAGUUUUGGCGUGUCUUCUCCGGAGAAAGGGGCUGCUCCAAUGUGACUUGCCCGUUGGCCCGCUGCAAUUUAGCAACAUCUUCAUUGACGGGCUUCUCCUCCAAAACGGGUGGUGUGGCAGCCUUGGGGCUCUGGUGCUGAGCCACUCCAGGGUCUUCAUAAAUCUUGAGUGGUGGCGACUCCUCUAGAGGUUGACGAUCCAGAGUAAUUUUGGGAAUGUUGGGCGAGACUGGGCUGCGAGCAUACUCGGUUUGUGGCUCAGCUACGAUUGUUGCAGAAGACUCCAUAUUGACCAUCUUCGGGAUCGCAUGCUCACCACGGAAUCUGGUCGGACUGUCGCGAGUUGGACUUUCAAGGGGCAUAAUCGGCUUGGCUGGGCUAGGGCGAGGCGACACACGCGGACGACCUGUGGUUCGAGCAGUGGGCGACGGGAUGCUAGACUCGCUGCCACGGUGCAUGUGGCCUGGUCUUGAGCGAGAGGCUACAGGCGAUACAGAAGCCGGCACAGCCGCCUUACGACGUGGUGACAACGGCUUUGAUGAUCGAAGAGAAUCGGGGCUAUCAACCUCCAUCGAAGAUGGCUGGUCUCGCAUAGAGUACGGUCCAGCAGUCGCAGGUCGAGCCACCUCAGGGCGUCUCCUGGACGGCCGCAUGGGGGCCACGGACAUGCCGCCGGCAUUCAUCGAAAUGGACGGCUCUGCACGGGACCUUACAGCUGGCUUCGUAGCAACGCUGGUAGUUGAGGUAGCCGACGAGUUGGACACAUUUCUUGUAGGUGAAAAGUGCGACAUGGCGGAUCCUGGUCGAGCAGGGAGAUUCUUGGCUGCAGUAGCCAUUGCUCUCUUCUGACCAAGCAUGGCUUCGCGAAGACUAGGCUUGCUUGCUGUAGCUGUGCUUCUGGACAAGCCGCGGCCAGAUUCAACCUUCUUAGGAGAGUUGGGGUUGCUUGGGUCCUUCUGGAGAAGCUUUUGCGCUGUGGCAUCCAAAUCGCCCAUGAUUCUAAACGCUGUUAGUAAUGGCUUUGGACGAGAAAAUAAAUGGUAACUUACGCAUCGGCUCGUGAGGGCCAAAUAGCCCAAAACGCCCAAAAGGUGGAACGCAUCUUUUCUCUGACGGUAGGAUUGGCAUCGGCAAGACCUUUCUUGAUACACUUUUCAAUCAACUCAACACCGCCAGUGUGCUCAAUAUGGUGCUUAUUGUUGGCAACCUUCUUUAGCAGCGUCUUCAGCCAGCCCGUAGCAAACUGUCGCGGCUGGACGUUCUUGUCCUGUGAGGCAUUCCACAAGUGCUGCAUGAGACGAGGAGUGUACGUCACCCGGUUAAUCAUGGUGUCGACGGUCGAGUAGGCCAGCUGAGAAGUAAUCUUCUUGGCACCAGCCGACAUCUUGAGGAGAGUUUGCAUAAGAAGCUCUACCAUGGGCUCAAUUGCAGCACCGUAUGUCUGCGCAAUAUCCUCCACCAAUGAGCAGCCUUCCUUUGACAAACUGGUACGCAGAGAUGUAAUACAUUUGAUGAUGCCAUCAAGCAUAUGGCGCAGGUUGCUGAGAAAGGCAUCGGUAAAGUCGGAUGGUGCAUUACCGGCAUUGAGUCUGCGAAGAGUCUUCAUGUGCAGCUCACGCUUUUCCCAGUUUUGCUCCGACUCUCUUCCCUCAAAAUCCCAGGCCAUGCCUUUGAACACUUCGUCCAGCUCACGGCUGGUGUUGACAUACUGAGGCUCAACUGGAUCAGCCUGGUUAUCAGCAGGUAAACCAGGUGUAACGGGUCGAUCGGCGCCGAUUGUCAAGGUGCUAGCAGCGAGAUCGGCGCUCCGUGGUGCAGGAACAGAAGCAGAGUGGGCAGAUAUAGCAGCGGGUGUCUUUGGUCGAGAGGCGGUGGACGCAGAGAGGGGCAUAAGCUCCUUGACAAUGGCCUGUUCGAUGGCAGGACGCACGUUGAAUGUCUUGAGCUGUCUCUUGAGGUCGGAUUUGGCGACAUUGGGUGCGUUUCUAAUCAUGUUAGCAGGGGUUUCUGCAAAGUAUAGCAAAAGGAGAUAUACCGGAACAGUUCGAUAACGGUCGAUUUCGCAGCAUCGCGUACCAUGCCGUCGGCAUCUUCCAAAAGCUCCAUCAGGAGGGGCACGUAGCUUCGGAACUGGAGGCCAUGCUCUUGGUGCAUCUGUUAUUUGUCAGUAAAUGUUCUAGGUCACGCAGCACUCUUUAUAACGUACGUGAAGAAGCCAGUGUAGGCCAGCCUCCUUGGCGCGCGGGUUCUUGCCGGACAUGGCAGCCGUGCGGACCAUGCGCUCAACCUCGCUAGGGUUGACGCCAUAGAAAGUGAUGAGGGCCUGGGAGGCCAGCGAGCGGUACUUGUCUUUUUGGUCGCCGAGCUUUUCGAUGAUGAUAGGAAGUGUGCGGGUUGUCUCGCGGGCUAGCCACUUGGGGUCUUGUCUCGAGAGGCGGGUAAGGAGGUGGUUGAGUGCGGUGAAGCCAGCGCUGACAAUGUUGGCGUGCUGGGAGGUGGAAGCGUUGCGCAGAGCUUCGAAGAGCUGGGCGAUGCACGUGUCGGGGACAUUGUGCUGCUUGAUGGAAGACUUGAUAUUGUUCAGAAACUGGACCUUGGUGUCGAGCGCGGCAUCGCUGCGCAGGAGUGUCGUGAGGUCAGCAACCUGCUGGUCGGUGAGCUUGUCGGCCAUGGUGAAGGCAGCUCCCGUCUACGUAGGGAAAUGGCGCAGCGGCGAGCAAAAUGACGUAAAGGGGACCUGCAAGAGGUCGUGUGCGAAUGCUGGAAGAGGGUUUUGUACUGUAUAUUGCGCGUUAGCAUAGCGAGCGGUGAAGACGUCACAGCAUGCUGGGGGCGAUCAAGGGCACAUGAUGGGGUUAACAUACCCGUUCAAUUGCAGCUUUGGUAGCUGUGCUGCGAGCAAAAUAAAGGGGACGAAGGCGAAAGCGAAGAAAUCUGCCGCGGCAGACUAGGCAAGUGUCAGGGAUUCAGGCAGGGAGAUUCGGAUUCAGCACGAGACAGCGAUGGCAUUGGGAACGGGGCGGUAUCGUGGCGUUUGGAGCUAUGGUGUUUAUCUCUCUCUGGAAGAUGGGGGAGCUUUUUAGUUGUUUUGUUGUGUGGCUUUCUUGGGAAAGAAAAAAGAAGAUGAUGCGUGCGAAGACGUGCUAGCUGUGAUAAACCAUGCCAGACGGCAGCAAUAAAAAAACGGUGGGCAGUGCAAAGUUGGGCAGAUGACCAAAAGAAGGUUCUGGCG